AGGCUCCGCAUGACAUCACCGCUGGACAAAGCAACAAGGAGUGGUUUCUUCUAGGAGAAGCUUCCCAAAUCAAUGAAACAUCCCGAACUCGGACGAUUGUAGAUUUAGAGACGAACCAGAGUGGAGCCGGUUUAGAAGAGCUGACUUUGUGGAGGAAUGAAGUUCUGCAGAAGAUAACUCCUCAGAGAGAGAGAGAGAGAGUCUCCGCCGCUGGACGGUCGGGCUGCUUGAAGACGUUGGCCUGCUGCUUGAAUCCACCGUGGAACACCAUGCUGUCCCUGCUGCUGCCUGUGAUGCUGACAAUCCCAGUGAUGGGUGAGAUGGAACUGCGUGUCCCAGAGCAGCCAGUGGUGGCGCUGCAUGGCAGGGACGUCACUCUCAACUGUUCUUUCAACCACACGAGUCCCUUCAAUCUGUCCGACGUGAGCAUCUUCUGGCAACUGACAGACACCAAACGUGGUGUUCAUGGGUACUCGGAGGGGCGUGACCAGCUGACGGACCAGGCAGAGAGCUUCGCCAAUCGUACCAGCCUGUUCCCCACCCAGCUGCGAGCAGGCAACGCCUCCCUCCUGCUGAGCAGCGUGCUGGUGUCUGAUGAAGGCAGCUACACCUGCUUUGUCAUGGUGCAGGACUACGGCAGUGCUGCUUUGUUGCUGCAGGUGGCCGCUCCGUACACCAAGCCUGUGCUGACUUUAGAGCCCGAGUCCAACCUGCGUCCAGGCGAUGAGGUGGCCCUGACGUGUCUGGCAUAUGGAGGGUAUCCUGAAGGCGAUGUUAUAUGGCAGGAUGGAAGUGGCCGUAACUUGACGGACAACAUCACCACAUCAGUGGUCGCUAACGGCGACGGGCUGUUCAUGGUGACCAGCGUGCUAACGGUUGUGCUGGAACCCAACAGCACCUACAGCUGCCGGCUGAUCAACCCGCUGCUUGGAGAGGAGGGCUUCGUCUUUGUCACAAUCACAGGUCAGAACAUCGCGUUCCCCCCCGUGGCGCUCUGGGUAACCAUUGGCCUGGCUGUGUGUCUGCUGGUGCUGCUCGUUGCUCUGGCCGCCGUUUGCCGCAGGAAGAUCAAGGAGAGCUGUGAAGAGGCCAGGAGAGAAGCUGAAGAGGCCAAGGAGCUGGAGGAGGAAUCAAAGACAGUUCACCUGGUGUAAGGAGACCCCCGCCUCUGCUCCUGCCGCUCCGGACGGCGAGUGUGUGAGGCCUAGCUGCUGGGAUCAACGGACCAACGCCAUCUGAUCUGCUCAGCCCCGGACACAGAGGGACGCCUAGAGGGACGCCUUGUGUCCGUUCGUUCAAGAUUUUUCUUUUUUUUCCCUCUCUUUUCUCUCCUGCUUCUCUAAUAGUCCAAAACAAGCGGUCGACCACGUGACUGCUUUAAAAUAAUAGACGGUCUCUCUCUUCCGUACUAAAAACGCCAACAGACCAUCUCGAAGUAAGCUCUGUUUCUCUUAUUGUUUUUAAUAUCUAAGUUUGUUUAUGCUGUGGCCAGGCCAGACAGACUGUUUAGAUAUUUAAUUUGCCUUCAUGACUGAUCUGUCGUUGUUUUUUCUUGAGCUUCGUGAAGCGAUUUGAAGUGUUUUGAUUAAGUUUACUGUGAACAUUGCUCACACCGUCAAAUACGCGUCUGAUCAGGGGCCCACGCCCGCUGAUUAUACGUGUUUUGGAAGAGAGGCUAAAUUACACACACACACACACCUAGUUUCGAUAAUUUGUUCAACCAAACAAAGGAUCCGCCAUUUUGUUUUUCAAAACUCCCUCCAGUUUGGUAAUCAGCCUAUCUCUGUCUGAUUACAUCAUCAAGCAACCCCACCUUUGCUUGAUUACAUCACCAUCUCAUCCCACCAGUCUGAUUAGAUUGUUACUUCACAGUAUCACUCCAUUGUUUCCUUGCUUGUUGUUUGUUUGAUAAAACCAGUUGGUUGACGUGUUGAUUGGCUAGCGCCUUGGAGGAGCUGAGGUGGUUAUAUUAGUUAAUAAAAGUUAUCGCCAAUUAAGUUUUGUCUCAAGUGAAUUUGUCUGUGUUGGAUAGGAUAUGACCGCCGCUCGUUAAAAUAAUUUUACGAACUUUAGACAGACUGAUAGAGGUUUGGGUUCAUUCUUCCCCUAUUAAAGGGGUGGUGCCCUGAGGCAUAUCCACGGAUAUCCUAAUUAAGUAAUAGAAUCGAUAAAUAUUUUCAUAUUUACGAAUUUUAUUGAUGAAUCCAAAGGGUAACUUACAAACUAUUUGUUGGCUAAUAACCACAACACAUGGAAAUCAGAGCUUCUAAUGACGUUCUUCUAUCAGACACCUACCCUCUUCAGCAUGCUCCACGUCUAAUUUACCUCUCAGAUCCAAAGCAGGUGGUUGCUCCAGAGCCAGGACUGCUGAGCAGUGUGCUGCUGCUGAUCCAGGACACAGUAGUGCUUGGUGGGCGUCUUUUUUGUGUGAUUAAGUUGAUUGUGAUAUUUUGCUUAGUAGAAAUAUGACCUUUUGAGUUCAGAAUUAAUUUUUCCAUUAGCACUCAGGGCAAGCUUCUUCUGCAUUACCAGCUUCAGUGACUUCCCUCACAGUCCUCCCUCAAGCUUUAAUGUCAUUAGAGUUAUUAAUUUAACUGACUUUUUAUUCUGAUUGAAUUAUUUAGCCUUCCAAUGAACGCCGACGUUAAUACCAUGUGAUUUUAAUAAGCAGAGAGGUGAAGGAGAGUCUCUGAGUGAAGGGGCGAUGGUUUUUAUUCCCUAUUCCCUUUCUCAUGAAUGUUUCAGUAAAUGUGUGCAGCCGAGAGCGAGGUCAGCCUUCCCACAGCUAGCAUGGCUUCACAGUUCAGCUUUGGCUAAAGGGCUGGGAAGUGGUGCCUGCACGCAGAAACAUGCAGCCUCUCCGCUCUUCAUCAUCGUUGGUGCACCUGGAGGAACCAGGUGGACAUUCUGGGCGGUGAGCUUGUGAAGUCAAGCUAAUGACUCCGGCUCAUGAGAUCCCUUUCUUAGCACCGCAGACAGGCAGCUUUGUUUGGCCAUCUGGCUUCGAUUGCGCUGACAAAGCCAGAGGUUCCUGCACGAGACAAAAGAGCUAAAAUGAGCCUCGCUUUAAUAAACCAGGAUGAUGGGGAGCUACGCCUGUGUGUUAUCUUAAUGAGCUGUCCAGGGGAGCGCGUGCCUUCCCUUUCAAAGCCAGCCUGAUUGGAACAAUAAGCAGUGAUAACUAGGGACCUGUGCCCAUUCAUUUGCUGUGGGAUGGGAUUGCUUUGUUGCAUUUACUGCAGAAGCAAAUCAUGUUUAACAAACAGUGUGGCUCAAAUUCUGAGUAUAUCUGUGGCGGCUGAAGCCAACAGCAACACUUCCCCUGCUCACAAGCACACAGUAGACGAGCUGGAGUCAGACGGAUGCUUUGUCCACUGAUGCAGAGACACGCCGUUAGUGGUUCAGGUCACCGUUGUCCUUUUAAAGAUACGUCCAGUAACCUGAGCAGAAUGUGUUGUUAAGAAGAGGCCAUCGUCAGGGAUGCAACGCUCUUGUGACCCAGUUCCUUCACCGACACCAAAUCAUUGGUAAAAGAGCAAUUUAACACACCUUCUGCAAAGAGAGCAGGGUGUUCAGAACAGUUUUAUUAAUCCGUUUUAACCGAGACAAGCUGCUCUGGAGUGGAAGGUUGGAGAAUAUCGAGCUGUGUCCAGCUGUGGUUCUGAAGUCACGCUGCAGCGCCAGUAGCUCAUCAGUCUGGGUUUGGCUAGUCAGACGUCAUAAACAAGUUUAUAAGGGAACACACACACACACACACACACACACACACACACACACACACACACACACACACACACACGUGUGUAAUCAAUGUUUGCUCUACAGAGAGAAACAACAGAGGUGAAAGGAAGCCCGGAUGUUUACUGCAAAGGCGACACCACACUGCUGCUGGUGGUGCUGCAGCCUCUGUCAGUGCUCUCCAGGGCAGCUGUGGCUGCUUGGUGGAUGACUGUGCUGUAAAGCGCCUUGGGGGGUUGUAGAAACCUAAGAAGGCGCUACACAAAAACAGACCAUUUACCAUUCCGAAGUUUUCCAUGUGGGGUGGUGGGGGUGGUGUUUGACAUCUCGCGUCUAUGCUAGGGCUGCAACAACCAAUCGGUAAAAUCGAUAAAGAUCUUUUUUUGCGUUGCAUAACCUUUAUUUAGCAUCUCAUGUUCAGGAGUCAGCAGAGCGGACCGAGGCAGAUCAGAACAAGAGAGAAAGCCGGUGUUCUGAUGAGGAACGACACACUUAGAACAGUAAGGUGCUUACUGACGCACCGUGAGCUGGUGGAGGUGGGGUGGAGGAAAACAGAAACCAGCAACGGUUUGGGAUCUGAAGUGUAACUGCGGGCAGACUAGCUAAUGCUAGCAGGUAGCACGCUUACAGUCAAGCGGGUUCAGAAAAAACACGAUGGUCGUGAAACUAAGAACAUCUAAACUAAAAGUCCUCACCGUCCUGUUUGUUCUUAGCUAACGGCAGCGCUACGCAGCGGAACCGCUGCUGUUAGGUUAGCCUGCUCUGCUAAACACCGCUGCAGGUCUAUGGCAAGCCACUGUAGCAUAGUUACAUCCCCGACAGGUGGUGUUAAAACGUGAAAGAGGGGAUAACAGCAAACAUGCUAGUGGGUUUAAAUGGGUUUAAGCGAGCAAACAGAUGGAGAUGGAUAAAUUGGAAAGAUACGGUAUUCGAGGGAACGCUGGUAACUGGUUAAAAAGUUACUUAAUGGGUCGGGAACAAUAUGUCAGCAUAGGGCAUUACCAUUCAGAGAAACUUGGUAUUACAUGGGGUGUUCCCCAAGGGUCAGUGUUGGGACCAAAACUUUUCAAUGUAUAUAUAAAUGAUAUUUUUGAUGUUUCUCAAGUACUUAAGCUCAUACUGUUCGCAGAUGACACGAACAUAUUCUUCAGUAGCGAUGAUUAUACUGAUCUUGUAAUGACCGUAAACAGGGAGCUAAAAUUAAUAAAAAAAAUGGAUGGAUAUAAAUAAAUUAUCACUAAAUAAAAAACUAAAGCAAUGGUUUUUGGUAAUUUAAAAUAUAAUAUGGAAUUACCAAUUAACAUUGAUGUUGUACCAAUUGAUAAUGUGAGUGAAAACAAAUUUUUGGGAGUCGUAAUUGAUAACAAAAUUUCAUGGAAACCCCACGUUGGACACAAAAAACCAACAUUUCCAGAAGCCUCGCAGUUUUGAACAAAGUGAACCAUACCUUGAUAAAGAUGCACUUCGUACUCUGUACUGUUCCCUGGUUCUUCCAUAUUUUACAUAUUGUGUGGAAGUGUGGGGAAACACAUAUAAAAAUACAACUAAUCCAUUAGUCACAGUACAGAAACGAGCACUUGGUAUUAUUCACAAGGCUGGUUAUCCAGAUCAUACUCACAAAUUCUUUCUUCAAGCAAACUUACUAAAAUUCCAGGAUCUGGUUAAUUACAAUACAUCCAUAAUCUUAUACAAAGCCUUUAAUAAACUUCUACCUGCAAAUUUACAAACUAUAUUUCAAAUGCGAGAAAGUGUUUAUAAUGUGAGAGGCCUUGGAGAAUUCAAAUUACCCAGAGCUCGAACAACCCGCAAAGGUUUUUGUGUGUCUGUAUGUGGUGUGACAAUCUGGAACCGUCUGAGUUUACAACCGAAACAAUGCAAAAACAUUCAUAGAUUUAAAUUCCUCUACAAACAGUUGGUCUGGUCACAGUGUGCUCUGUAAUGUCUGUUCUCCUACCGCUGCUGGUAUGGAUACCAACAAAUAAAUAAAUAUAUAAAUAAAUAAAAGUGUGUGCGUAUGUAUGUACAUAUAUGUACAUGUGUGUGUAGAUACAUAUGUAUGUAUGUAUAUGUAUGUGUGUGUGUUACUAUGUAAUUAUUAUGGCCUGUUUACCUGCGGUAACGCAAUUUAUAAUGAAUAUAUUCUGUAUUCAGUUAUGAAGGUUCUAUUGUUGUUUGCGAGCUGCUGUUGAGAUGUUUGCAUGUGCCCGGAGCUGUUGAUGGGUUUGAUGGGUUGUUUGGUUUGCUACGAUGAGCGUAGCUGCGGGAAGCUUAUUGUAAUUUUAGUUGAUGAGUGAGUAGAGGGGUGGGAUUUAAUAAGUUUUCUUCGUCCCACUCCUUUUCAGGUAAUUUUGGUUUCUUGUUUUUGUGCACUUUAUGUUGUAUGUAUGUAUUUUGUUGUGCCUGAAAUGAACAAAUAAAAAAAAUUGAGUGUAGAUUUGCUCUGCUUAUCCUCUGAGCCUUAAACGGCCCUCUACAUACAAAUCUGGCCUACCGACGUGAUAUGUACCCUUCAUCUUUCACGAUAUGCGGUACAGCUCUGCUAGCGGCUCCCAGGUCACUGACUGUGACGGCUGCGGUCUGGCCUCCUCCAUUCCUGCUCCCAUUUGAUGUAACUUCAGCGUACUCAACUCACACACACACACACACACACACACACACACACACACACACACACACACACACACACACACACACACACACACACACACACACACACACACACACACACACACACACACACACACACACACACACACACAACUCUACCUACCUUCAGCAUCCGACGGUAGCUCAGCUAAAGCUCUCAUCUUAUGUCUGACACCACGUUCUCCACCAACGGCUGCCCGGCGCUUACUCGUCUGAGUAAAGAUAUGUAACUAGAGCAUUGAUGCUGCCUUCAUUAUUACAUGUGGGUCACUGGAAAUCUCGAAGAGCACUAAUUCAAAAGCUCCCAGAACACCGUUGCUAGUAGUCGUAACGCAGCCGUCCUGCUGGCUCGGCAGCAAACACAAAGUCUGUUUUUAGGUGAAACUCAAGAGGAUUGGUUUCUGGGCCGAACAACACCGACUGGGUCGUAUUUUACUACAAACUACAGGAUGUGUGCAGCAUAAUGAAACCAUGUGGCUCAUUUACAAACACUUGUGCUGUUUUUAUGCUGUAUGAGUUCAGUGAAGCUCACUGAGAAGGCGAUGCAUCUGCAGCCCUCUGAGGCUAUCGGCUUCUCCAGAAGGACAGGCCAACAGAUUAAUGUUACAAGAAGAAAAACAUAGCACCCCCUAUAAAUCAUUUGGAAUAAUGAGCACUGUCACGGUUAAUAAAAGCAGCUAAACUACAUCACAUCAACAGGCCGGGUCCACAGCCUGCUUGUUUGCAUAUUAGACAAAACCAUGUGGAGUGUUUUGGAGGGAGGACAGGUAUACCUCUGAAGCAACGGCAAUCUGUUUUCUGGGAAGAAUCCCCUGUACCGGCUCCAUUAUCUUCCUGCCUUACAACACCACUACCAUCA